AUGUUAAAAAUUUUCAUUUUUAUUUUACUUCUAUAUUUACACACUAAUUUUAUAAGUUCAAACGAGGAAAAUAGAUCUACAAAUAAUAAUGAAAUAAAAAAGUCCAACAGCCCCACUUAUAAUUCUAAUAAAAAAACGAAAGUUAUCUUUUACAUGCCUGGUUCUAAAAAAAAUGGGGAAGAAAAUACCCAUGAAACAGGAGAAAAUAUUGAAGGUAAAGGAGGAAUAAGUAAGGGCGUACAUAAAGGAUCUCAAUCAAGUUCAAAUGAACAUUCAGAAGGUGAAAGUGAUAACCAUGGUGGAUAUGAAAAACAUAUGCGAGAUGAACAAAAGCAAAAUAAGGAAGGAGAUGGAGAUAAGUCUCGUAGAAAAGUAUAUUAUUAUCAGGAUAGUUCCGAUGAUGAAGAAAAAAGAAAUAAUUCUGAAAAUGAAGAACAAAAAAAGCGUUUAGAGGAGGAAUAUGAAAAAUUAAGAAAAGAGGAAGAAGAACGAGCUAGAAGAAUAAAUCGUGAAAGAAAAAAUGACAUGGAUAAUUCUUCAAGACAUAAAGGAAAUAAAACAGGAGAGAAUACAACAGGAAAUGGAGAUCGUUAUACAACAUAUAAAUAUAUUCAUAGAUUACCGCAUUCUGAUAAUUCAGAAGGAGAACAUGGACAAUAUAGUGGAUCUGAUAAUGAAUCUGAUAGUGAAUCUGGUAGAAGGUCUGGUGGAGGAUCUAGUGGCGAAUCUGAUAGUGAAUCUGAUGAUGGAGGAAAACGAAAAUAUACAUCACAUUUUAAGACCUAUAUCGGUGGAAAAAAAAAAAAAGAUACACCAAAAAAAAAUGAAAAUGAAGGAGGAAACUAUAGUGUACAUCAUGGAACAAAUGGAAGCGAAAGUAAUGGGGAAGAUAGUAAUGGAAAUGGAGAUGAAGCAAACUAUAGGAUGCAUCACGGAACUGAUGGAGGUGGAGGAUAUGGAUCCAAUGGAGAAGGAGGCAAUAGGAAUGGAGAUGAAGCAAGCUAUUGGAUGCAUCGCGGAGCUGAUGGUAAUGGAGGAUAUGGAAACAAUGGAGGAGGUAAUGGAAAUGGAGAUGAUGCAAGCUAUAAUGUGCAUCACGGAACUGAUAGAAGUGGAGGAUAUGGAUCCAAUGGAGAAGGAGGUAAUGGAAAAGAAGAUGAAGCAAACUAUAGGAUGCAUCACGGAACUGAUGGAAGUGGAGGAUAUGGAUCCAAUGGAGAAGGAGGUAAUGGAAAUGGAGAUGAAGCAAGCUAUUGGAUGCAUCGCGGAGCUGAUGGUAAUGGAAGUAAUGCAAGAAAUGAUAAACCUGGACAUUUUCCUUAUAAAAGAAUUUAUGAUUAUACAACUGAUGAUAGUGAUGAUGAACAUAAUGAAGAAUCCAAGAAUAAAAAAAAAAAAUACAAAACAUUUUCUCAAAGAAAUCGCAAAAAUGGAUAUGAAAAACUUGAUAAUAGUGAUGAUGAUGAAGAGAGCGAAUAUGAAACUAGAAAGGGGCCACAUGAAAAGGAUAAUGAAGAUAAAAAUGGAAAAUCCAAAUUAGGCUCAUUUACAAGAAACAAUGAAAAUGAAAAUUCAUAUAAUAGUGACGCAAAUAGUAAAGAAAAUGGAUCGGAAAGUGAAUCAGAAAGGAACAGAAAGGGAUCUGAAACAGAUAAGGAUAAUAGUGAAGAUGAAAAUAAUAUUUAUGAAAGACAUAAUAAUGAUUAUGCUAAAAAGCGUGCUAAUGAAAUUGAAGACGAAUUGAAUAGAGGAGAAUAUUCAAGGAACAAUUCAAGAGAUAAAGAUCAAAAGGGAAAGGGAAAGGGAAAGGGAAAUUAUAAAACAGAUAAAGAUGGAUAUAAUUCAUCUGAUUCCGAAGAUUCAGAUGAUGAUACAGUAGAUAGAUAUUACGUAGACAAUGGACAAGAUAUGCUGAUCAAAGAAAAGAUGUAUAAUUCUCAUGGAAGGGAAGGAGAAGGUGGAUUAGAAGAUGAAAAUGACGCAAAUUCAAAAUAUAAAAACGAAAAAGUGAGCUAUCAUUUUUCAACAUAUAUGAAUUUUGAAGAUAAAGAAAUUUUGUCAUCAAAUGAAAUAGAAUUAAACAAAAUGAUAGGAGAUGAUUUCUCUAGAGAAAUGGAAAAUUACUGUCAUCUUAAUGUACCAUCGCAAAAGACAGGAUCUUAUCUUGAUUUGGCUUUUGAGUUCUCUAGAGCAUUAGAAGAAUUAAGAAAUGAAAUGUUAAAUGAUUUAAUUAAAAGUAAAAAAAUGGGAAAAACAAAAAUUUUUAACAUUUUACAUAUUAUUCAGAAUUCUACAAAUGAGAAAAAGUCAUCCAGUAAAAACCAAAUAUAUGAAGAUGAGGACUAUGCCGAUGAAGCUAAUUCUUUUCGAGAUGAAAAUAAGAAUCCAUUAAGUGCAAAAUACAACAGUAUUAUGAAACAAUACCUAUGUCACUUAUUUAUGAACAAUCCAGGGAAAAAUCAAUUAGAUAGAUUGUACCAUCAUAAUUUGGCUUUAGGGGAACUUAUAAAACCAAUAAGAACAAAGUACAAAAAAUUGGCAUCUUCUUCCAUUAGUUUUAAUUAUGAAUUGUAUAUAGCAUCAUCGAACAAUAUUUUUCUCCUAGCACAUAUGCUACUAUUAUCUUUGGCAUAUCUUUCAUUUAACGAUUUUUUUGUUUCAGGAAUAAAAUCCUUUUAUUCAUUAGAAACACUUCUCUUAGCUAAAUCUGAUUUCACCUUUUUUAUGUAUAAUGAAAUGUGCAAUGUUUAUUAUAAACCUGGAAAAUUUUUUAAAAAAGAUAUAACAUUUAUUCCCAUUGAAUCAAGGCCUAAAAGACAUACUACUUUCAUUGGUGAAAAAAAAAUGACAUGUGAUUUAUUAGAAUUAAUACUAAAUGCUAUUUCACUCAUAAAUAUACAAGAAUUACAUAAUAACUUAACUAAUAAUAAUGUUAUAGGAUAUGAAAAUUCCUUAUCCUUUUCAAUUAGUGCAAUAAGAAUAUUUUCAAAGGUAUGUCCAAGAGUAAAUUCAUCGAAUAUGUUAAAGUGCGAAUUUGAAAAUUCUACCUUACAUAAAAAACAAAUUAAAAAAACGGACAUCAGAGAAAAAGAAAAUCAAAAAAAUUUAAAAAGAGCUUUUGAUUUGUUAAGAAUAUUUGCCGAAAUAGAAAAUAACUCUACUAAGGGUCAACCAAAUGCUGCUUAUAUAAAACUUAUAAUGGAACAGAAUAAGUAUACUGAAUUUUACAAGUACUUGUUCUGGUAUGAUAGUAGGCAACUUAUAUAUAUAAAUAAAGGAGAAAAAAAUAAAAAAUCGAAAAAUAAAAUAAAAUAUAUAUACAACGAUUUCAUAAAAAGAGGUGAAAAAUUAAAAAAAAAGUUAAUUAAAUUAGAUUCAAGCUACAAAACAAAGAGUAAUGCAUUAUUAGUUUUUUAUGGAAUAAUUGAUAGAUAUGCAAAUUUUUUAACUAAAAGUGAAACAAUAAGGAAAUUAUUUUUGAAUGAUACAUCUUCCAUUCGUCAUUAUUUAUAUUUAAAUGGCGUACAUUUUAAAACAUCAAAAUCAUAUUUAGAAUCCAUGAAAAAAUUACUAGAAGAGUUAGAAGAAACUACCAAUUCUCCAAUGAAAUUUAUUGUUAGAGGAAAUUAUAUAGAACAUUUAAAUAAUAUAGCGAGAAAUGAAAAUUUGUUUUACAUUAAUUUAUUCAUAUUAUCAGUGCUUUCAGUAAAAGAACCUGUUUUACAUUAUUACAAUGAAAAAAAAAAAAUGCUAGCUGCAACCCUUUCUGAAAAGUUUGCAUCUUCAACAUCUGCAUUUAUUCCUCAUAAACUUCGAAGACUAGUGGUAACUUUAAAGAAAGGAAUUCUAAAAAAAAAAUUGCUUACUACUUUGGCGAAAAUAAAAUUGUUACAACAUAUUCCUGCAUAUUUAUUAGAAAACAUCACUUCAUCCAUUCGUUUUACUACACACACCAUAGCAACUAUGCAAAUUAUUCAAAACGCUAAACUAGUAUCAAAAGAUAAACUUUCUCAGCAAACUAAAAACAGCCAUUUUGCUAAACAGAUAUUUACUAAAGGAGGAUUUCCAAGCUACGCUGAUAAAUUAAUAUCAAAAUGGUACUCAGAAGGUUUUGAAGAAUACAAAAGAAAACAAAUUGAAAAUCAAAAGAUGGAAAAUUCCAUUGAAAAAGAGUUAAAGGAAUCUUCAAAAGAAAGUAUAAAUAAUGAUUCAACAGAAAAUGAAGAAGAACAAAAACAAAUAGAAGAACAAGAAGAAAAAGAAAGAGAAAAGAAAGAGGAUAAAUUAUUUUUUAAUGAAAAUGAUAAAUGGGAUUUUUAUUUGAAUAAAGAAUUAACAAGAGCUCUAGGUUUAUGGUUGGAUAUGAAUUCUAAUUCUCCUAACAAUGCCGGUUUUGUUUAUAAACUGGUAGAAGAUAGCAAGUUCCUAUUAGAAAAUAACAUUGAAGAUAAUAUCAUAUUUUCAAGAACUCUUAAACCCACUAAACAAACUGCAUUUAGAAAAUUUUUCAAUAAAAUAAUAUCUCUUGGAAAUAUGCUUUUAAGAAAACCUGGUUUUAAAGUAGAACAUGCGUUGUGGUUUGGGGCAGCUAUUGAUAUAAAAAAAGCAUUUAUUUUAUUAGAAAAAGUAAGUGAAUUACAUAAAUUAAUGCAUGAUCAAGAAGGAUCUUGGUUAAUUAAUGAAGCAUUUAUUGAAAUAGUAGAUCAUAUAGUUGAUAUAAGUACGAAUAAGCAUUUAAGAGAACCAUUUAGUGUAUCUAGAAACCCAGGUAUGAUGGCUAUUAAUCCAAAAUAUGCUACUUUACCUCAUGAUGAAAGAAUUAAAGAAUUUCAAAAUUCCAUGUGUGCUGAUCAUUGUUCCUCUGUUUGGAAAAUUAUUUCAACAUUUGCAUUACAACAUUUAAAAAAUCCUGAUAGCCUUAAAACUUAUGAAGAGAAGUUUUCUAAGAAUGCUUUUGGUAAUAAAAUUGAUGAUAAAGAUUUUGUUCACAAUUUUAAAAUGAUACUUGGGGGCGAUGCCGCCUUACAUUAUUUUGAUAAUAUGCUUUCCAAAUCUAUGAAAAAAGAAUUAAAAUCCAUGAAAUAUGGUGUAUCGUUGACUUCUGCAUUUUCACUUAAGUUGACCAAAUUAGUUUUUACGCAAAUGCAAUUACCUUAUUUAAGUCAGAUGUUUUAUGUACAAGCUCCUUAUUUUGGUCAUUUUAUUGGAAAAUGGCAGAAAGAAAGACAAAAAAGUAGAAUGAAAGAAAUAAUGUCAUUUAUGACACUUGGGGCUUUAUCUGCAUAUACAAUGUUAAGCGCAAUGGAUAUAACACAACAUGCUGAAGAUAUUGGAAUGGGACCAGCUGCUAGUUGUUAUACUAGUACUUAUCCACCACCAAGACAAAUAUGUUUGCAAUCAGCAGUUAAAACUACAUUAACAAAUUCAACUGAAGCAGCUAUGAAAAGUGUUUUCUCCGUUGGACUCUUUGCAUCAAUUGGUCCCUACUUAUUUGCUCCUAUGAUUGGUUUAGCUGUAUGGAAUAUUUUAAAAUCAGAAUUCAAAGUUCUACAAAGAAUUGAUAUGGCCCUAAAAAAUGUUUUUAAAAAUAUGUGGAAAAAAUUCUUAUCAUUAAAAGGAAUUACCAAAUUAAGAAAUAUUUUUAAGAGAAAGAAUAGCAUGAAAAAGAAAAUUAUAGAAAAUGCAGAACAUAAAAUGAAAGAAAUGAAAGAAAACCCUGCAAAAGCUAAGGCUCAUAAAAUGUCUGUUGAAACUAUGCAUAAACAUUCUAAAGGAGGUUACCAUUAUGUAUCAUAUGCUAGAAUACAAAUAUAA